AUGCUGACCUCUGCGUUGAUCGUCGCGCUGCAGCGACACCUCUACACGCAAGCUGCAGCAGCAGCAGCAGCAGCAGCAGCAGCAGAUAAAGCAGCAGAUAAAGCAGCAGCAGCAGCAGAUAAGGCAACAGCAGCAGCAGCAGAUACAGCAGAAGCAGCAAUAGUAGCAGCAGCAGCAGCAGCAGCAGCAGCAGAUAAAGCAGAAGCAGCAGCAGUAGCAGCAGCAGCAGCAGCAGCAGCAGUAGCACCGGCAGUAUCAGCCGAAGCAGCAGCAGAUACAGCAGAAGCAGCAGCAGAUACAGCAGAAGCAGCAGAAAGAGCAGAAGCAGCAGCAGCUGCUGCUGCAGACAGAGCAGAAGCAGCAGCAGCAGCAGCAGCAGCAGAUGUACCGGAGGAAAAAGCAGCAGCAGCAGCAGUAGAUAGAGCAGCAGCAGCAGCAGCAGCAGCAGCAGACGCAGUAGGCAGAGCAGCAGCAGCAGCAGCAGCAGCAGCAGCAGCAGACGCAGUAGGCAGAGCAGCAGGCAGAGGAGGAGAGAUAAAGACAGAAGGAGACAGAAAGGGAGACAGAAAAGGCGACAGAAAAAAAAACAACGAAGAAGACAGAAAAGGAGACAGGAGACGGAAGAGGAGACAGCAAAAAGGAGACAGAAAAAGAGAGAGACAGAGAUAA